AUUUAAUAUUACCCUUCCUAUAAUAAUGUGAGCAAUUAAAAUUGUUAUCGUACUUUAAAAGAUAUUUUUCGCAAUAACUCGGAGAACGGGCAGAUAUAGGUAUCAAUUUAAUAAUAAUUUAUCAAUUCAGUAUAUUACAAGAUUAAGUAGUACGUACGUAUCCAAAUAAUUCAACCAUUUUUGAAGUUAUUCGUAAAGUAGGCUGUGCAAUAUCCUGACUGGCAGACAAAAUGUUACAAAAUAAGUUAUUAAAUUUGCGGUACAGGCAGUACUUUUACUGCGUUUGUGCUAUUACGACUGUGGCCGUCACAGCCAUUCAUGAAUCAUGGUCUUCGUCAUAUCUACCUCCACUACGGUCUGAAAAUUCACCCAUAGAUGUUACGUUGACAACAAUUCAAUCAUCAACUGUUGUGAGCAUGUACAACGUAGGGGGCACAUUGGGUAGUAUCCUAACGAUGUGGAUAAUAGACGUUUUUGGAAGAAAAGCCAUUAUUAUCGCAGCAGGCAUUUGUGAUUUAAUAUCUUGGGCUUUAAUGUACUUCGCAAAUGGGGUAGAAAUGCUAUGUGCAGCCAGAUUGUUGGGCGGAAUUGCAAUAAUACUUUCUAUGAAUUGUGCUACCAUUUAUAUUGGUGAAAUAUCACACAAUGACAACAGGGGUCGGCUGAACUUUCUGAUGACAAUUUUGAAAAUUCUUGGAACGGAUAUAGGAUUCAUUGUAGGACCUUACGUGUCCUUUAAAACAUUCGCCAUUAUUUCAAUAUGUGCCUCGAUUAUUCCUGUAAUAAGCACUUUCUUCAUACCGGAAUCGCCGUAUCAUUUAAUUAAAAAAGGAAACAAUGAUGAAGCCAAAAAGGUCAUUCAGAAACUGGCAAAUAAUGCAUCUGAUGAAGCCUCUUUAGGAACACAAUUCAAAAGCAUCAGUUCUUCGGUAGAAAAGGACAUGCAAAAUAAAGGAACUAUUUGUGAACUUUUCUCCAACAGCAUGUAUAGGAAACCGCUGUUUAUGCACACCGGUGUAAAGAUGGUAUUCGUUUUUUGUGGUAAUGGUGUAAUUAAAUCGUAUAUGCAAACUAUUAUUAAUGCAACAGGAAGCAGUAUGUCAUCGAGCACUGCAAGUGUCAUUUUUGGAGUCGUCAAUUUCGUUGGUGCUCUAGCUUCCGGAGAAAUUGUUGAUCGUUUUGGCAGAAGACCCUUGCUCAUGGUCUCCAGUUUGUUGUGUUCUAUAAGCAUGUUAUCUCUAGGAUUAUACUUUUAUCUUCAAGACGCCACUUCUUAUAAUAUUGAUGCAAUUUCCUGGUUACCAGUUACCAGUUUGGUGCUUUUUCAAGUGUUCGUUGCGAUUGGGAUUCUUUCCAUACAUUACGUGAUCGCCUCAGAAUUGUAUCCGAUCAAUAUAAAGGCUGUCGCCGUGUCCUCAGUUACGUUGCUGGCACAAACCUUGGGCAUUGGUCUUCAAUUUGCUUUUCAGCCAUUGAGCGAAAUUGUGGGAGAGUAUACUUGCUUGUGGUUCUUCAGUUUUUGCUGCUUUCUAGGAUUCCUCUUUGGACUCUUCAUACUCCCGGAAACGAAAGGAAAAUCGUUUGACGAAAUUCAAAUGCUGCUCAAUCGACGAAAGGGCGAAAAAGUUGUUGAUAAUAAAAAUCAAGAAAAUGGAAAAUUCUAAUGAUGUAACUAUUAUAAACCGUCCAGUUGAAAAUAAAUUUUUAUUUUUCUC